UAUUUUACUCGCUUUGUCAACUGUUAAUGUACAAUUUUUUUUCUAAAAUAAAGUUUUAUUUUAUUCUUUCAAAGGAUGAUAAAUAGCUUUCAUUUCCGGGUGCCAUCUUCAUUUGCAGUAACUGAUGGAAUAGUUGUGCGUGAGGCUUACGUGAAAUGUUUGUUCCACUCUUUUAAGAAUCGAACACGUUCAAGUUCCACAAUGAAGAAAAGUUUGGAGUUUGUCCAGGAUAUGUGGACCAGAAACCUUGUCUUAGAGGCCAUCCCAGUUGAAAUCCUAUAAUGUUAUGGUCGAGGUUAGAGAGUGUCAUCACAUCGGAGAGAGGAUUAGAGGAGAGAGGUUGUCUUCCAGGAGCUGUGUGGUCCCCCCUACUCUUCAACCCUAAAUCCCGGCACCAAGACACAAACCCCUCUAUGAGUGAGGGGAGACCCGGUGAAGAAACGCGAGAAGAAAACUCAGAGAGGAAUCCUAGCCUUGCCUCUCACUCGGCCAGCACUCUGCUCUCCUGCCUUUCAGUCGACCACGGCUGCGAGAGCUGCACGGGUGUGAGUGAGUGGCCUGGCUGGACCUCUUCUCCCUCCCUUCAUCUUGCCAUUAAUCCUCCCAUCUAUCCACCCCGUCUCUUGUCAUCUCGGGCACCAUGCUGAUGCAGUGGCUGGCUUGGUUGGCCCUGCUGUCUCUGGACUGGGCUCCAGGCAGCUGGGCCUUCACCACCACCAGGGCUCAGGGCCUGAGGGGUCGCAUCCAGAGAGACCGCAGAAACAUCCGGCCCAACAUUAUCCUCAUCAUGACUGACGACCAGGACGUUGAGCUGGGUUCUCUACAGGUUAUGAAUAAAACCCGUAAGUUAAUGGAAGAUGGAGGCACAUCUUUCACCAAUGCCUUUGUCACCACACCCAUGUGCUGCCCUUCACGGUCCUCCAUGUUGACCGGCAAGUACGUCCACAACCACAACACCUACACCAACAAUGAGAACUGCUCCUCCCCUUCCUGGCAGGCUCAGCAUGAGCCACGCUCAUUCGCCGUCUACCUCAACAACACCGGCUACAGGACAGGCUUCUUUGGCAAGUACCUCAAUGAGUACAACGGCACCUACAUCCCACCUGGGUGGCGUGAAUGGGUUGGAUUGAUCAAAAAUUCCCGCUUCUAUAAUUACACUGUCUGUCGCAAUGGUUACAAGGAGAAACAUGGUGCCGAUUAUGCCAAGGACUAUUUCACAGAUCUGAUCACCAACGACAGCACCAACUUUUUCCGCAUGUCCAAGCGUAUGUACCCUCACCGCCCUGUGAUGAUGGUCAUCAGUCACGCUGCUCCUCAUGGCCCAGAAGACUCAGCUCCACAAUAUGCUGAGCAUUUCCCCAAUGCUUCACAGCACAUCACCCCCAGCUACAACUAUGCCCCAAAUAUGGACAAACACUGGAUCAUGCAGUACACUGGCCCCAUGAGACCCAUCCACAUGGAGUUCACCAACUUCCUCCAUCGGAAAAGAUUGCAGACUCUCAUGUCAGUGGACGAUUCUGUGCAGAAGGUGUUUGAGAUGCUCGAGGAAACUGGAGAGCUGGACAACACUUACGUCAUCUAUACAGCAGACCAUGGCUACCACAUUGGUCAGUUUGGAUUAGUCAAAGGCAAGUCAAUGCCUUAUGACUUUGACAUCCGUGUGCCAUUCUUUCUGAGAGGACCCAACAUAGAGCCAGGGGCAGUAAACCCUCAUCUGGUGCUGAACAUUGACCUCGCUCCCACGAUUCUUCACAUCGCCGGGCUGGACACUCCUCCAGACAUGGAUGGAAAGUCCAUCCUUAAGCUGCUGGAACAGGAAAGGACUGGCAAUAGAUUCAAACCCAACCGGAAACCCAAAGUCUGGAGGGACACAUUCCUGGUGGAGCGAGGAAAGAUCCUGAGGAAGAAGGAAGACUCGGUGAACACGCAGCACACCAACAGCCUUCCAAAGUACAAGAAGGUCAAAGAGACUUGCCAGCAGGCGGAAUUCCAGACGCCCUGUGAACAGCCUGGACAGAAAUGGCAUUGUGUGGAGGAGAUCACAGGGAAGUGGAGGAUACAAAAGUGCAAAGGUGGUUCGAAAGAAGGCUCGAGGAAGAGGGCCCGCAGCCUGAAGCCCCGCAGCAGUUAUGACAAUAGAGAGAGAGGCUGCGACUGUGGGGACACUUUCCACAAACCCUCCCGAAUGGAGCGCCAGUCCCACCGAUCGGGCCAGCGUUAUCGGCCACGUUUUGUCCACACCCGGCAGACCAGGUCUCUGUCUGUGGAGUUUGAAGGUCAGAUAUAUGACAUCGACCUUCAGGCAGACGAUCAGUCAGCUGUCCGCCGCCGUGUCAUCUCAAAGCGCCACUACAACCCAGAGGACCCCGAGUUCAAUUUGGGGUCGGAUGACGGUUCGGAGGAAAUGCUGGCCGAUGAUACUAAUGCUGUGGGAUACCCCAACUCUGUGAAAGUUACCCACAAGUGUUAUAUCUUGAUGAAUGACAGCGUGCAUUGCGAAAGAGAAAUCUACCAGUCCUCCAGAGCUUGGAAAGACCAUAAGAGCUACGUGGAUCAGGAGAUUGAAGCACUUCAAGAUAAAAUCAAAAACCUGCGAGAAGUAAGAGGCCACCUCAAGAGGACACGUCCAGAUGAGUGUGACUGUGGAAAGAGGAGCUAUUUUAGCAAAGGAGGCAGAAACAAAGCAGAGAGAUUGAAGAACAGGAAUGAUCAACUCCAUCCAUUUAAGGAGGCAGCGCAGGAAAUGGACGGGAAGGUUCAGUUGUACAAUGAGAUCCGGAGAAGGAAGAAGGAAAGGAAGGAGAAGAAGAGGCAGAGAAAGGGAGACGACUGCAGUCUGCCCGGCCUCACCUGCUUCACACAUAACAAUGACCACUGGCAGACUGCUCCUCUCUGGACAUUGGGUGGAUUCUGUGCAUGCACCAGUUCCAACAACAACACCUACUGGUGCCUGAGAACCAUCAACGAGAGCCACAACACCUUGUUCUGUGAGUUCUCCACUGGCUUCCUGGAGUACUUUGACCUCAACAGUGACCCCUACCAGCUGACCAACGCGGUGUAUUCAGUGGAUCGGGACGUACUGAACUCUCUCCAUGCCCAGCUGAUGGAGAUGAGGAGUUGUCAAGGUUACAAGCAGUGUAACCCUCGCCCAAAAGGCUUGGACACAGCACACAGCCAGUAUGGGACGGACGACAGGGUUAAGCUCCCCAACUUGACGGACGAGGAGGUGAACUGGCAGGGACUGGAGGAUCUGUAUAGCAUAAACGAAAGCCUUUAUGAAUGUAGGCCUGACUACAGCCCCAGCCCAGACAACUGGGUGAACUUCCAGAAGGAUGUAGAUAAUAUGUUUGCACUGCAACACGUUUUUAAACUCAACCGAACCCUUGACGACACCACCCUGCCAGAGCUGGGCUCCGGGGCCGGGGGUGGAGGCCUUGAAGAGGGCAGCGGAGAAGAGUCGGCCUCAGCCAGCGACGUCUGGCCGGGCCAGUCCGCAGAGGCUCGCCUCACCACCCCCGCCCCCAGCAAAACGCCAUCAGCACCACCCACUCCCAGGCCCACACUGGAGAGGAAACUGGAAUCUGUUGUCAACGACCUUCCAGAGAGACUCAUAAGCAGACCUGGGGCGUCUGUGAUGUCAGCGUCACCUGUGACGGGAUUACCAUUGGGUCCGAGAAGAGACUGGGUCGCCCUCCGCAGCGAAAAGUGGGCGCAGCAGCUGGAGGAGCUAGAAGGAGGAAUGUUCAGCGGGAACGGACUGACAGAGCUGGAGACGCGGCACGACAACCUGCUGCGUGCUCACAACAGCCUGCAGGCCCAGCUGGAGCGCGGCCCGGGCCACGGAGACGCAGCCAGCCCUCAGGGUCUUGGCUUGGACCUCGAAGAAGAGGAGGACAUUUUCCAGGCCCAAGGCUACCUCCCUUUCUCCCCACAGACGUUGAGGCCCAAGGUGCAGGCCAGCACCACCGGGAGCCCCCCCACCUCACAGACUAGCAGCCCACAGAGCGUGGGGUUGGUACUGCAGGCCCUGCCCCUCACCUUGGACUACGAGGGCAGCGGCUCUCUGCCUCAGCCCUCCAAUCAGACCCUCUGAGGCAGACGCAUGCGCCGGCCAGCCAGCCAAUGAGCUGCUGGUCGCCACAGAGACACAGAGACAGUGAUUGGGAGAUGAGCUUGCCAAGAGAAAUGGCAAGUAAUGCCACCUCAGUCAGUCAGAGUUGUAUUAUGAGUAUUAAAGUUAUUGUUUAUUUUUUUACAGGUGCCUACAUUUAUUAGUAAACAGUGUUAUGUUUUUUU